AUGACGCAGAACGUCAGAGUUCUUGACUCCAGGCAGAGACAUCACAUGAAGCCGUGGACAUGGGGAGUCAUUGUAGGUCCUGGAGCGGAAGCACGCGAUUCCAGCGGUGUCUUCAGCAGGCUCCUACCGUCACCAUUGUUUCUCCAGAUCCUUGGUCCAGCCAAGAAGCAUCCAAGCUUGAUCUCUCUCUUUGUAUUUAUUGGAGGGGAAGGUACUGGAGCAGUGUGCAGUGUCUUGCUCCUGGCCUUGUUCAAUCCAGAUGUCAAUGAGAAAAAUAACCCAGGACCCUAAAACACACUGGGUGCCCCUGAUCAGUACAAGUUUUCCUUGGUGAAUGUAGAUUACAGCAAACUGCAGAAAGAAGGGCCAGACCUCUAA